UGUAACGCCACCAGCACACGAUGGGGAGGAGAGGUGUGGACGGAAGAAAUAAUAAGAGAGAUUUGAGUCGAGCUAUGGAUUGGUGCGGGAAGGAUUUAUCUACGGCGGAGGAAAUCGUGGACGACCUCCGUUCCAGGUACGGUAAAUAUGCGAGGUUGACCCGUCAAGCACUUGUCCUCAACGUCAGAAAUGUCCUUAAUGCCCGAAACAACAACAAGAAGCGUGUGAAAGAAGACGAAGAGGAAGAUGACAACAACGAUUCCGAUGAAGGUACUGGUGGUAAGAUGAAGAAACAGAGACGUCUUGAAGACAAGUCAGUUUCUUCUUCUUCGUUGGAAGACAGUGACGGUCAUAUCUCGACUUCUGAGGACGCUAAGGUGAGUCCAAGGUUUGAUUUGAUCAAUGUCAGCUUAAGAAACCAAUUCUUGUGGAGACGAAUGUCGAAGGAAUCUCCUUCUCCUCCACCUCCAGAAGGACCUACUUUUAAAGACUUUGCCGGGAUUAAAAAAGUGCUGAAUCAGUUGGAUCAGUAUAUUCUGUCCCCUCUUCUCAAUCCUCCUGUGUUUUGGAAGAUUGGAGCGAAGCCACCAAGCGGGAUUCUAUUCCAUGGACCACCUGGCUGUGGAAAGACUCGCUUGGCCAAUGCCGUCGCCAACGAAGCUGGUGUUCCCUUUUAUCAGAUUUCAGCCACACAAGUUCUUUCUGGUGUUUCUGGUGAGUCUGAAGAGAAUAUUAGAGAGCUCUUCUCUAAAGCAUACAGGACUGCGCCUUCUAUUGUGUUUAUCGAUGAGACUGAUGCAAUUGGAUCUAAGAGAGAGAACCAGCAACGGGAGAUGGAGAAGCGGAUCGUAACACAACUAUUGACUUGUAUGGAUGGCCCCCCUCCGGGAGAUACGGCGGCUGGAUAUGUUGUUGUUAUUGGAGCUACUAAUACGCCUGAUGCUCUUGAUCCUGCUCUGAGAAGGGGUAGGCGAUUUGGGCGUGAGAUUGCUCUAACCGCUCCUGAUGAACAUGCCAUGGCUGAGAUUCUCUCUCUCGUAGCUCAAAGACUUAGACUUGAAGGUUCCUUUAACAUGAAAAGAAUCGCUCGCUUAACACCAGGUUUUGUUGGAGCUGAUUUGGAAGAGUUAGCUGACAUGGCUGCCAGUCUUUGCGUAAAGAGGAUCAUGGAUUCAAGAAAAAUGCAACUCUCCGGCGACAGUGAUGAUGAUGAUGAUAGAUCUUGGCUGAGGCUGCCCUGGUCAGACGAAGAUUUGGAUAAGCUCUUUGUCAGAAUGUCUGAUUUUGAGGAAGCAGUCAAGUUAGUUAAGGGAUCUUUAACUAGAGAAGGUUUCUCUACCGUGCCUGAUGUCUCAUGGGAUGAUGUUGGUGGGCUUGGCCAUCUACGGAGUGAACUCAACAAUUACAUAGUCAGGCCUAUCAAAUAUCCAGACAUGUAUGAGAAAUUUGGAAAGACGUUAGAGACAGGUUUCUUGCUCUAUGGACCACCGGGUUGUGGAAAGACUUUGGUUGCAAAGGCAGUUGCAAACGAGGCAGGAGCUAAUUUCAUACACAUCAAGGGUCCAGAACUUUUAAAUAAAUACGUUGGAGAAAGCGAGCGUGCUAUUCGGACCUUGUUUCAGCGCGCCCGGACAAGCUCACCAUGUGUAAUCUUCUUUGAUGAGGUGGAUGCUUUGACAGGAAGGCGUGGCAGAGAAGGUGAUCAUUUGGUUGUUGGUGGUCUUUUGAACCAGUUUCUCACUGAGCUGCACGGUGGAGAUAGACGUGACGUUUAUGUCAUCGGAGCUACGAACAGGCUCGAUGAAAUUGAUCGUGCUUUCUUGAGACCAGGUAGGUUUGCGAAUCCUGUGUACGUACCCCUCCCUAACGCGGAUGAGCGUGUUUCGAUCCUAAAAUCUAUUGCAAAGAAGAGACCCAUAGAUCCUAGUGUUGAUCUGGAUGCCACUGCAACCAAGUACUGUGAAGAUUUCAGCGGAGCUGAUCUCGCUAACCUGAUGGACAAAGCUAUACACGUGGCAGUGAAGGAGAAGAUCCAGUCCUGUGAGUCGUCUGAAGAUGGCGAUAUGGAUUUAAGUGAUUGCACCAUCAAGAUGACUCAUUUCAAGCAAGCCUUGUCCUUAGUCACACCAUCUGUCAGCAAACAGCAAAUAAAACACUACGAGGAACAACGGGAUACACUACAAAGCAGCACCAACAUGGACGAAAUCAACGUAGGACCAUCUUUUACCCUCGAGUGA